CGAAGUAGGAUUCGGCCAACCUACUUUCUCACCACCACCCUUCAUCUAGCCUACGUACGCCUUGUAUCAGCAUGCAACCCACGACAUUAACUUCUCAAAGACUGUGAAAACGCUCAAGCUUUCUUCCAUCCCCAGGACUAGUCUGCGGAAGCUGCAAGACCGCAGCCAAGCCUUCCCAUUCAAACAUUAGGCACCAGUCGCCAAUCACGGUUUUCGCCAAGAUAUGUUACCUGCUUGUGAACUAUAACUGCAAGAGGAGGCAAAUAUCGCUAGAAGAGGUGAUCGAGAUGGCACAUACAUUCGCCGGGUCGUCGAAUGCUUCGAGCCCGGACUCUGCAGCUACGCAGGCCGGGAGCGGGGCCGGCGCUAUUCAAAAGAGCUUUUCGUGCGUUCUCUGUGCGCAAAGGAAAGUCAAGUGCGACAAGGCGCCAGGCGGGUGCUCAAACUGCACGAAAGCGAGGGUGGAGUGUGUUUACAAGGCCCCACCGCCGCCUCGUCGCAGAAAGAAAGGAGUUCGGGAACUCGAUAUCCACGCCAAAUUACGCCUCUAUGAAGGUGCGCUUCGCAGACUGGGCGUGGAGCCUGAUGAGCUAGUCAAACAGGAGCUGGGGAGGACGAAAAGAAAACAAAGCGAGAACGGCGUGGUCGUCGGCCUGAACGACAUCGAGGAAGGAAACCUCCCUGAAGAGUCGACAGAAGUCCCGGGCGCGUCGGACGUAGGCGUCCUUGUCUCUGGGGAUGGGAAAUCAAGGUAUCUUGAUAAUGCCCUGUGGACGAGCCUCAAGAGCGAGUUUCGCGAUUCGAAGGAGAUCCUGGAUGAUACGAGUGACGAUGAAGAUGAGUUUGAGCACAAGGGCGACACUUCGUCCCCAACGGGAUUCUCACCAGACGCCGGGAACUUUCUUAUCGGCAGCCCGAGGUCGACCACAAGCCUGAGGCCGCUGCACCCCCAGCCCGUCCAGAUCUUCAAGCUAUGGCAAGCAUAUCUUGAUAACGUUAAUCCGAUCGUAAGAAUCUUCCAUACGCCAACAGUACAGCAAAUGAUCUCGAAUGCCACUGGGAACCUGGACGAUCUUCCGAAGAAUGUCGAAGCCCUACUGUUUGCGAUUUACUUUGCAGCCGUGGAGUCCUUGAGCCCAGCUGAAUGCGACAGCAUAUUGGGUGAGAGCAAAGCAGUAGUGAGUCCUAGAUUCACGGCUGCAGCUCAGCACGCGCUCGUCAACGCCAGCUUCCUCAAGACGUCAGAUCUCAUGGUUCUGCAGGCAUUGGUCCUCUUCCUUACUUGCGCCCAAAACUAUGAUGCUCGAGUGGUAUGGAUCCUUACAGGUGUAGCUCGACGCAUCGGCCAACGCAUCGGCCUCCAUCGCGACCCGGAAACCCUCGGCCUCUCACCCUUUGAAAGUGAAAUUCGGAGACGCUUAUGGUGGCAAAUCAUCAUGGCUGAUGGUUUUGCCGAAAAGCUCGCGGGCACCGGUGGAAACGUCCUCUUCGGGAAUGUCAAGCGACCCGCUAAUCUUAACGAUAGCGACCUUUUCCCAAGCAUGAAAGAACUCCCGAAAGAGCGAGAGGGGGCAACGGAAAUGAUGUUCCAUCUCAUGCGUUGCCACGCCGGAGAGUUCCUCAAGCGUUCUGUGAACUCAGCUAACCAUUUCGACGGCGUGUGGAACAAGCUGAGCACAAGUGGAAUUACGCUAGCCGACAAGGACAAGGCCAUCGACGAUCUCGAGGCCCUCAUGGACCGGAAGUUCAUCCAAUACUGCGAUCAAUCCGUCCCAUGGCACUUCUUGUGCACGUAUCUCGCUAAAGCCAUGGGGUUUAUGUUCCGUUUCAUGGCGCAUAAUACGGACCACCACGGCGACCCAGAAAGAGCGCUUCCUCAGUCUGAGAAAGAUAUGCUGUUCCGCGUGUCUUUGCAGGUGAUAAUAUAUCAGAAUCUGGCCUAUACAACGCCGGCUCUUCAGAACUUUUUAUGGCAUAUCAACUCGCAUUUUCAGUGGAAGGCGUUCAUCUACGUUCUAGCGGAGCUGAGGUACCGCACCCAAGGUACCGAUAUCGAUGAGGCCUGGAAACAGGUGAAGCUGGUGUUUGACUUCCAUCCAAAUUUCGCAAAAGAAAAGCCGAAGAAAGCACUUCCAAUUGCAGUCGGCAAUCUGACGCUCAAGGCGUGGGAUGCUUAUCUAGCGGCGAAUGGAGUACCAGCAGAAGGCGAGCCGGUCUUCAUACAGGUACUACGCACUCGACAAGCCAGAAAGGAAGCAUCAGCUAGUCCAUCGCAACCAUCCGAGCCUUCGACUGCGCCAUCAUUACCGCCCGAUCCGUUUCCUCCGGAGAUAGUAAAUGUCGCUGCACCCGAACUUCAGCCACUCGCUGAUCCUCUCCAACCACUGCAGUGGAAUGCCGACUUUGUGGCUAGCCUGGAGGCGCCGACGACGAUGCCAGUGUUACCGCCGUUUGAUCCGGACCAGAUGAAUUGGUCAAAUUGGGAUAAUUUGCUUGCGGACUUUGAGAUGCAAGGUGCUGGGGAGUUCCAGACCGAUGUGACGGCGUUCGAUUUCGGCAUGCAAUGAACCCUGGGAAGCAAAGAUCGAGCAGGGCUCGCAGAACAGUGGGCCUCCACGCUGGACGUGAGUUUCAUGCGCGAGAACAGUAAUCCCCAUUCAAUCUUACAUAGCACGGCCUGGGAGUACAUCACCCCUCUACGUUUCAAAACUCCGCUCAUGCGUACCUUCACUUCAUUGCGCUCUUGCUUUAUUUCACCAGCUUCCUAGUGCCCGGAACAACCUGGCCUCCGACGCACACUUUCAGCCUCGACUUCCGCACAUAUUUUCUUAACUACCUAACACUUCGCGCCACGGCACGCUCGGCAAAAAUGAUAGAAGAAUCGCGCAAGUAGCUCGUGGCUUCGGUCAAAGCUGCCUAUUCCGCCGGCGACUAUUGCGAUCUCGUUAUCACCUGCCGGG